AUGGAGAUGCCUCGGCGUCAGGAAGGUAUCGUUGUGGAGAAAAUAGAUUGGAAAUACUACGUGGCAACUGGCAAACAAAUCUUCAAUGCCAGAGAGGGCGACCCUAUCAAAAUAGGGGAUUCUAUAUCAUUCACACCAACGCUGAUGGGCGAUGAUAUGUGCGCAAAUGAUCCACAGGUUAUUUCCCCAAUCAGAAACUCGAAACAGCAUCAAGAUUCUCUACUUGUUGAAUGCAAACUGGUUGAAGCCUACAGUGGAACUGUGAUGAAUCAGAGAGUUUUUCGAUCUGAUUUUGUUGAUAAAGUACGAGAAAUUCCGAAAUGGAACAAUUUGGAUACAAAUGCAUUCAUUAAUAAGAGUGUAUACAUCAAGUGCAACAUUCAUCCAACUAAAGCCCCUUUCUGGGAAAUCAUUGAAAUGGUGGAUGAUAAUAAUGAAACAAAAUCACUCGUCGGAUUGCCAUACUUUGACAAAAUCCGAGUUGGAAAAGUUCGAGUCUACGUUCCAGGAUAUCCGGAGGACUUUCUCCUCCCAAAAUCUUCAAACAUUUUUCUGGACACAUGGAUCAAAUUUGACAUAUUCACGAAAACCGCAAAGGUGGACGACACAAAACUGAUUGAAAGUCACAAAGACAUUUAUGAAACAAGAAUUGGAGGAUUCUUGAAACUUCAACUGAAACGGAAGAAUAAGGAAAUUACAACCGAAUUGGGUGAAACCGUUUUGGAUGCGGAUAACGUACUUGAUAGAUUUGGAUUCCAAGGAGACUUUGAGAAGAAGGAAAUAUGGGUUCGCAUUCUUGAUUCUUCUUCGAACAAACCAAUAUUCUCUGUUUCCAAAGAACAAUUCGAAAAUAAAUCAAUCAUGGAAACAAGACUACCAGUUCAAGGAGAAUUCCGCCAGAAUACUCAACCUCUCAAUGUCCAAAGACCUCUUAUGAGACCUUCUCCAGCUCAAGUUGUGACUACUCAGCCUCACUUUCAGCCUGUCAACCCUACCGAAUCCUAUUCUUCUUACAACCACCCACCACCACCUAGACCCGAAGUGCCAUCAAAUCGUUUCCGUAACAAUAGACCUGAUGAUAAAUCAAAACGAAGCAAGAAGAAGGCUCCGACUUCAGGACGUCCGAACGAUGCUCCUGUCCCGAGAAAAUAUCAGGAGGAAUAUGAUGAUCCAAAUGCUCCAGAAGCGUAUCCAGACAGAGAGCAUUUUGAUUUGACUCCACGUGACAGUUCUCCACGAAAUGAGCCGAGACCAUGCAACCCUCCACGAGUUACGGAAAGCAGAGCUAGCAACUCACAUUUCAAUCCUCCAAUGGCUCCCUUUCCGAACGAUUCACGUCAUUCUGCCAGUUCAAGAAAUUCGAAUCGGUCAAAUGCUGCUGCAUUGGCAGAAUAUUCGAAUUUACAGGACAUGGAACAUCGGCUUUUCAGAGACGUCCUCGAUCGUUCCAAUAAAAAUGAAGCAAUUGUCUCUCUUCUUGAGAACGAAAUGCGCAAUCCCUACUUCAAUGAUGUCAUCAAUCGAAAAUUUCCCAACUUCCAUGAGCAAUUAGUGCGUUUGAUGUCUAAUUUGUGA